ACGAGCUUCAGUGGAAGACAGCAAACGUAACAAAACAAAACAAAUCGCCCAAGGGCUGAGAUGUCGAAAAUCCAGGCUAAUUCGCAGUCUCUCUCUCCUACUCCCUCCUCUGUCCAGCUCUCGACCACGCUCAAUGUCGAAACCGGCGGAUACGCGCGGUCCAGCGGUCGCGACUCUGCGUACGCUACUCCUGCACCAGAGUUGCAGACGCCAGUCCUUGCCUCCAGCUCGACUCUGGACAUAGACCCCAUCACCGUCGACGAUGGACCUACGAGAUCGAUCAACAGCCUGAAAAAGAGGGCCGGAUACAGGCCAUUCCCAGAUGUGGAGGCUGUGGCUGCAAGAACAAAGAGGAGGGCUGUGGCCAAGGACCGACUGGCAGACGAGGAAGAUGCCAUGACACAAACGGCUACACGGCUCGCCUCUCGCCUAGCAGAGGACCACGACUCUGUCUUGUAUCCCGAUGUGGAUACACCAUUCACGGAUGUCCAGGAUGUCCAAGAUCUGGAUGCCACUAUUCAUCGCCCCUUGUUCUCAUCGUUGAAGGGGAAAAGCAAGGCGACGGAAGCAGACUACAUACGAGAAGAAAUGGCAGAAACACGUUUUGCUAUCAAAUGUUGGCAGAGGCGGACGUCAUUAGAAGAGCGAUUCCGACGGGCACGAAUAGAGGAAGGGAAGCGCGCUUCUCCUGGCGAUCAGGCCUACGUACUUGCACAAGCCGUGCUCGAAGGGGAACGCGCCGAGACUGUAGCUACCAAUGCUGAGCUUCGGGCUGCGCGCUCUGAGCUUGACAAACUCGAGCGCGAGCGACGAGCCGCAGCGCCUCCCCCUCCCCCUCCUACUACCCCGCGGCAAACAUCUUACUAUCCGACCCCCUCGGCGCCCACCGCGUAUACAUCGCAAUAUCGUGGCUACGCAUAUCCCUAUGCGACACCAUACGGAGCUGCACAAUACACGCUCAGCCCUGCGUUUCAAACAGCCGCUUCAUACUCUACGGCACUAAAUAGCGCUCAGAGGGUCGGACCGGCGUACGGGUCAGCAUAUGCACCUGCUACCCCUACUUCGGCGACGUCCCACACGACAGCCUAUUCACCCUCAACACCCGUAUCUUCUACGCCGGCCGCGUCUUCCCCUCAGGCGCAUUAUCGGCCACAUACCUCCAACAUGACCAACACGACGCCGACGAUCUCUGCUAUUCCCGUGCAGUUGCCCGUCACCCAUCUGCCUGCGCUUAAAGCGAUUGGUUUGGAUCCUGUGCCCAUCACCUCUCUCCCGCCUGCGAGCCAACCACGCCCUGCGGCUAUUCUCAGGUCACAGACGGCCACAACGAUGCAAAUAGACAUCAAUGUUGCGUCGUUGCAGCCUGCACAGAUGAACGGGUUGGCUCUCAUUCUCAACACGCUGACGUCAAGGGGCGUGGCUGUGGACGGCAGCACGGCGCCGAACACUAACACCGCUGUCGGGAAUGGUGCGCCGACGGCGGUGCCUGCUGCAACGGAUGCGACGACGACGUGAAUGCCAGGGCGGUUUGAGGUUGUCUUGUAACCUUAUUGGCAUAACGUAACCCUUGACCUAGUAGACGAUGGAUGUUGUGAUGUACUCGGUAGGCACGAUCCGCGAAAUAGCAUGUUUCAACUGUA